CUCCGCGCGGCGCGGCCGCAGGCGCCAUCGGUGCUUGAGAAGAUCCUUCCGCUUCGCCUCUCAUCGUGCCAGUGGCGGCGGCGGCGGGAGCGGCUGUGGCCAUGGCCCGCGGAGCGGGGCCAGCGCUCGCCGCAGUCCUCGGCCUGGUGCUGACCGUGCUUAUCCGCGCCGAGCCCGCGGCCGCUUUGCAGUGUAUGGAUGAUUCCAAGCCAUGUGUUAAUGAGGGAAAGUGCAUUCCAUAUCAAAAUGGUACAGGCUAUUGCAAGUGUCGAGAAGGCUUUCUUGGAGACUACUGUCAGUACAGAAACCCCUGCGAAAGCAAUACCUGCAAGAAUGGGGGGACUUGUGAAACCAUGCCCCUGAUAGGGAAGCCUACCUGCAAGUGUGCCCCAGGCUUCACAGGAGAAGAGUGCCAGUACUCGGAAUCACACCUCUGCUACGUGUCUCAGCCUUGCCUGAAUGGAGGGACUUGUUAUCCCCUCGGCCAGGAGACCUACGAGUGCGUCUGUCCUCCAGGUUACACAGGAAAGGAUUGCCAGUGGAUCGAUGCUUGCAUGUCUCAACCUUGUGCCAAUGGCAGUACAUGUACUGUGUCUGGAAAUAAGUUCUCCUGCAUCUGCCUGUCUGGCUACACUGGCCAAAAGUGUGAGAUAGAUGUGAAUGAAUGUGCCACACCAGGCCUUUGUCAUCAUGGUGGCACCUGUGUUAACCUGCCCGGUUCAUUUCGAUGCCAGUGCAAGCCAGGCUAUACAGGGCAUCGCUGUGAGAGCGUUUAUGUGCCCUGCUCCCCGUCGCCCUGUAUGAAUGGAGGAACUUGCCAUCAAACAAAUGACUUCAGCUUUGAGUGCAACUGUCUGCCAGGCUUCGAGGGAACCAUCUGCGGGCACAACGUUGACGACUGCCCGAAUCACAACUGCCAGAACGGGGGCAUUUGCGUGGACGGUGUCAACACCUACAACUGCCGCUGCCCGCCGCAGUGGACAGGCCAGUUCUGCACUGAAGAUGUUGAUGAAUGUCAGCUCCAGCCCAAUGCUUGUCAAAAUGGAGGUACCUGCACCAACCACAACGGAGGCUAUGCCUGUGUCUGUGUCAAUGGUUGGAGUGGGGACGACUGCAGUAAGAACAUCGAUGACUGCUUCACUGCCUCCUGUGCUAAUGGAUCUACCUGCAUUGAUCGAGUGGCUUCUUUCUCAUGCAUUUGUCCAGAAGGAAAAGCAGGUCUUCUGUGCCACUUGGACGAUGCCUGCGUUAGCAACCCAUGCCAGAAGGGUGCUCUGUGUGAUACCAACCCUGUGAAUGGACACUAUAUCUGCACGUGUCCUCAAGGCCAUAAGGGAGCAGACUGCACCGAGGAUGUGGACGAAUGUGCAAUGGCAAAUAGCAAUCCAUGUGAACAUGCUGGGAAAUGUGUGAACACAGAAGGCUCUUUCCACUGUGAGUGUUUGAAGGGCUACACAGGGCCUCGCUGUGAAAUGGACAUCAAUGAAUGCCAUUCAAACCCGUGCCAAAAUGAUGCCACCUGUCUGGAUAAAAUUGGAGGAUUCACGUGUCUCUGCAUGCCAGGUUUUAAAGGUGUCCACUGUGAAGAAGACAUCGAUGAGUGCCUAAGUAAUCCCUGUGUGAACAAUGGAGAGUGUCUUGACAAAGUCAACCGUUUCCUCUGUGUUUGUCCUCCUGGGUUCAGUGGUGCUGUGUGUCAGAUUGAUAUAGAUGACUGCUCCAGCACACCGUGUCUCAAUGGAGCCAAGUGUAUUGACCAUCCCAAUGGCUAUGAGUGCCAGUGUGCCACAGGUUUUACUGGCCCUCUGUGCGAGGAGAACAUCAACAACUGUGAUCCUGAUCCUUGCCACCACGGGGAAUGUCAAGAUGGGAUAGAUUCAUACACCUGUAUAUGCAACCCUGGCUACAUGGGUGCCAUAUGCAGUGAGCAGAUAGAUGAAUGUCACAGCAAUCCUUGCCUCCACCAAGGGCGCUGCAUUGAUUUGGUGAAUGGCUACCAGUGCAACUGCUUGCUGGGCACAUCAGGAGUAAACUGUGAAAAUAACUUUGAUGACUGUGCAAGUAACCCCUGCAUUCACGGGGACUGUAUUGAUGGCAUCAAUCGCUACAACUGUGCUUGCAAGCCUGGAUUUACAGGCCCUCGUUGCAAUGUGGACAUCGAUGAGUGCACAUCCAGCCCCUGCCAUAACGGUGGCACGUGUAUAAACGAGGUCAAUGGUUUCCGCUGCGUGUGUCCUGAAGGCUACCAUCACCCUCACUGUCAGUCACAGGCAGAUGGCUGCCUUAGCAAUCCCUGUGUGCAUGGCAACUGCACACACGUUGCUAGUGGGUACAAGUGUGUCUGCGACCCGGGCUGGAUAGGAGAUUACUGUUCAGCAGAGAGGAACGAAUGUAAAUCCAACCCAUGCCAGAAUGGAGGAACUUGUGAGGAUCUGUUGAAUGGAUAUAGAUGUACCUGUAGGAAAGGAUUUAAAGGUGUGAACUGCCAGGUGGUGGUUGCUCCUUGUUCCCCAGAUCCUUGUGAGAACUCAGGAAUUUGCCAAGAAUCUCCUGACUCAGAAGGCUACACCUGCCAGUGUGCCCCAGGCUGGGAAGGGGAGAGAUGCACUGUGGAUAUUGAUGAAUGUCUCUCCAAGCCCUGCAAAAAUCAUGCCCUAUGCCAUAAUAUUCAAGGCAGCUACCUGUGUGAAUGUCAACCAGGCUUCACUGGAGGAGACUGUGACAGUAACAUCGAUGACUGCCUCUCAAAUCCCUGCCAAAAUGGAGCUUCGUGUGUGGAUGGAAUAAACUCUUUCUCCUGCAUCUGCCUACCUGGAUUUCAUGGAGACAAAUGCCAAACAGAUACCAAUGAAUGUCUGAGUGAGCCAUGUAGGAAUGGAGGCACAUGCACCCACUAUGUCAACAGCUACACAUGCAAGUGCCAGCCUGGGUUUGAGGGAACCAACUGCGAGAACAACAUCGAUGAAUGCACUGAGAGCUCCUGUUUCAACGGAGGUACUUGUGUGGAUGGGAUCAAUUCCUUUACUUGCCAGUGUCCCGUGGGAUUUACUGGACCCUUCUGCCUCACAGAAAUUAACGAGUGUGAUUCCCGUCCUUGCUUGAACAAAGGCUCUUGCGUGGACAGCCUGGGCACGUACCGCUGUAUCUGUCCCCUGGGUUACACUGGGAAGAACUGUCAGACUCUUAUGGAUCUAUGCAGCAAGUCUCCUUGUAAGAAUAAAGGCACAUGUGACCAGAAGGGAGCCCAGACUCGAUGUAUCUGUCCAUCUGGCUGGACUGGUGCUUACUGUGAUGUGCCCAAUGUCUCGUGUCAAGUGGCAGCUUCACAAAGGGGUGUCACAGUGGACCAGUUGUGCCAGCAUUCUGGUCAUUGCCUCAAUGUUGGAAACACACACCACUGCCAGUGCCAGGUGGGUUACACGGGCAGCUACUGCGAGGUGCAGCUGAAUGAGUGCGACUCCAGCCCCUGCCAGAACGGUGCUACCUGCCGGGAUCAUCUGGGUGGAUACCAGUGUGAGUGUGUGCCUGGGUACCAAGGUGUCAACUGCGAAUACGAAGUGAACGAGUGCCAGUUUCAGCCCUGCCAGAACGGAGGAACAUGCAUAGACCUCGUCAGUCAUUUCAAGUGCUCCUGUCCACCAGGAACUCGAGGCCGUUUGUGCGAGGAGAACGUCGAUGACUGCGUUUCGGACUCGGGAGUGCCGCGCUGCUUCAACGGGGGGCAGUGCAUCGACCAGAUCGGGGGCUACAGCUGCCUUUGUCUGCCAGGCUUCGCAGGAGAGCGCUGUGAGGGAGAUAUCAACGAAUGCCUCUCUAAUCCUUGUAACCCUCGUGGAAGUCUGGACUGUGUCCAGCUGAUAAAUGACUACAUAUGCAUCUGUCGUAGUGCUUUUACUGGUCGUCACUGUGAGAGUGUUAUAGACGUGUGUCCCCGGAAGCCUUGCCAGAACGGAGGGAGCUGCGCCGUUGCCAGCAAUAUGCCGGAUGGGUUCAUCUGCCAGUGUCCUCCAGGUUAUUCUGGAGCAAAAUGUGAGUUCAGCAGCCACAGUACUUGUGGGCAAGUGAAAUGCAAGAAAGGGGAGCAGUGCAUCCAGACAUCUUCUGGUCCACGGUGCUAUUGUCCCAAGCUGUCUGUGGGAGAGGAAUGUCAGACAAACAUGGCUUGUGCCAGUGCCCCCUGCCAGAAUGGUGGAAGCUGCCACCCUCAUUCUCAGCCUCCUUACUAUUACUGUCAGUGCCCCAUUCACACCCAAGGCAGCCAGUGUGAACAGCCUGUAACUUUCAGCCCAGAGCCCCGGGGGUGUUUGGAUUCCCAGUGUGCAGAAAAGGCAAGAGAUGGCUAUUGUGAUGAGGACUGUAACACUCAUGCCUGCCAGUGGGAUGGAGGCGAUUGCUCCCUGACAAUGGAAGAUCCUUGGGCCAACUGCUCCUCUUCACUGCGCUGCUGGAUGCUUUUCAACGGACAGUGUGAUGAGUUCUGCAACACACCCGAGUGCCUGUUUGACAACUUUGAAUGUCAGCAAAAUAGCAGAACGUGCAAGUAUGACAAGUACUGUGCAGAUCACUAUGCAGAUGGCCGCUGUGACCAGGGCUGUAACAGCGAGGAGUGUGGCUGGGAUGGUCUGGACUGUGCUGGCGACAAAGCCGAGAAGCUGGCAGAGGGCACCCUAAUCAUUGUGGUCUUGAUGCCCCCCGACGAGCUGCUGGGUGAUGUUCGCAGCUUCUUGCGCACUUUGGGAACUCUCUUGCACACCAACCUGAGAAUCAAGCUGGACUCCCAGGGAAACCCCAUGGUAUUCCCAUACUACGGGGAGAAAUCGGCAGCACGGAGCCGGCGAUCGCUUGUGGUCAUUCGCAAGCACAGAGAACUAGAGCAAGAGGUCAUUGGCACCAGGGUGUUCCUGGAGAUCGACAACCGUCAGUGUGCAGAGGAUUCAGAGCAGUGCUUUCAUAACACAGAAGCUGCUGCAGCUCUCUUAGCUGCUCAGGCCAUCAAGGGCAUGUUGCCCUAUCCUUUUGUGUCUGUCCAGAGUGAACCCUUGUUGCCACCAAAGACCCAGCUGCUUUACCUACUUGCUGUGGCAGCUUUGAUCAUCCUCUUGAUCCUCCUCUUGGGUGUGAUGAUGGCAAAGCGUAAACGCAAACAUGGUUCAUUGUGGCUCCCAGAGGGCUUCAUUCUGCGCAGGGAUCCAAGCAACCAUAAGCGCAGAGAGCCGGUUGGGGAAGAUGCUGUUGGACUCAAAAAUCUGUCUGUCCAGAUACCAGAGGGUAACCUGGCAGAUUCUGGACCUACUGAACACUGGGCAGGUGAUGGUGGACCUCAGCCAAAAAGAGCAAAGGCUGAGGACCAAGCCUUGCUCCCAGAAGGUGAUGAGCAGAUAGAUCAGCGCCAGUGGACACAGCAGCACCUGGAGGCAGCAGAUGUCUGUGGGAGCACGUCACUAGCUCUUACACCACCUCAAGCAGAUCAAGAAGUGGAUGUUCUGGAUGUCAAUGUCAGAGGGCCAGAUGGCUGUACUCCGCUUAUGUUGGCGUCUCUGCGUGUGGGCGGCUCUGAUAUCAGCGAGGAUGAUGAGGAUGCAGAAGAUUCCUCAGCAAAUAUAAUAACAGAUUUGAUCUAUCAAGGUGCCAACCUGCAGGCCCAGACAGACCGCACUGGGGAGAUGGCACUGCACUUAGCAGCCCGCUACUCGAGGGCAGAUGCCGCCAAACGGUUGCUGGAUGCUGGCGCGGAUGCCAACGCGCGGGACAACAUGGGGCGGACUCCCCUGCAUGCAGCUGUGGCUGCUGAUGCCCAGGGUGUCUUCCAGAUCCUGAUCCGUAACAGAGUGACAGACCUGGAUGCUCGGAUGAAUGACGGAACGACCCCCUUAAUUCUGGCUGCACGUCUGGCUGUGGAGGGCAUGGUGGCCGAGCUGAUUAAUUGCCAGGCAGAUGUGAAUGCUGUAGAUGACCACGGUAAAUCUGCUCUUCACUGGGCUGCUGCUGUCAACAAUGUGGAAGCAACACUAGUUCUGCUGAAAAACGGAGCCAACAGAGACAUGCAGGAUAACAAGGAAGAGACACCCCUUUUCCUUGCUGCUCGGGAAGGCAGCUUCGAAGCAGCAAAGAUCUUGCUGGACCAUUUUGCCAAUCGAGACAUCACAGACCACAUGGAUCGCCUGCCCCGAGAUGUGGCCCAGGACCGCAUGCACCAUGACAUAGUGCAGCUUCUCAACGAGUACAACGUGGCGCACAGCCCCACUGGGCACCCCGGCGCCAUGCUCAACUCUGCCCUCUCCCCAGUCAUCUGUGGCCCAAAUAGGUCCUUCCUCAAUCUGAAGCAUGCUUCGUUAAGCAAGAAGUCGCGAAAACCGAAUGCCAAAGGCAUCAUGCCCACAAACCUCACCAAAGAUGCCAAGAGGAGAAGGAAGAAGUCCCUCAGUGAGAGCAAAGGGCAGUUUUCGGAGAGCUCAGUGACCCUGUCACCUGUUGAUUCCCUGGAAUCACCUCAUGCCUUCGCAUCCGAGCCAACAUCGUCUCCUGUGAUGCCGUCACCGGGGGUGCUACACUCGUCACCCAGCUCGCUGCUGACCGCUCCAUCGGUGCAGGCUGCACACACCAUGUCCUUCUCCAACCUCCACGAGAUGCAGCCCCUAGGACGUGGAUCCAGCACGGUGCUGCCAUCCGUCAGCCAACUGCUUUCCCAGCACAGAACCACCCCUCCCAGCAGCGGGCUCAGCAGGCUGCGGCCAGCCAACGUUUCCACUGAGUGGAUGAACCGCAUGGAGGUGAACGAAUCUCAGUACAACGAGAUGUUCGGCAUGGUGCCGCAGGUGAUGCACCCGCACCCCACUGUUCCUCAGCAGAGCGGCCUGGUUCAAGCAGAUGCAAAGCACAUGGGAGUAUCCAGGGAGUCUCUGCCCCCUAUCAUGACUUUCCAGCUGGUUCCCAAGGGUGGCAUAAGCCAGCCAGCACUGCCACAGCAGGCCCAGCCAAACUGCGCCCAGAACAUGGCUGGGCCUCUUAGCUCCAUGUACCAGAUACCAGAUAUAGCUCAGCUGCCCAGCGCCUCGUUCUCCAUGGCUGCCAUCCCUCAGCAGGACGGGCAGGUGGCUCAGACGGUCCUCCCGGCCUACCACCAGUUCCAGAGCUCGAUGGGCAAGUACCCUACGCCGCCCUCGCAGCACAGCUGCUACUCCUCGGCCACAGAACGGACUCCUAGCCACAACCGGCACUUACAAGGCGAGCACCCAUACCUGACUCCGUCGCCUGAAUCUCCAGACCAGUGGUCAAGCUCUUCCCCACAUUCUGCCUCUGACUGGUCUGAUGUGGCAACCAGCCCUAGUAACAACCAGCGUGGGCCAGCAGCCGCUCACAUGACAGAGCAGCAGCGGAACAUGCAGGUGUAUGCCUGAGGGCAGUCCAAGUUGAAGCCCAAUUCGAACGGACUCCAGAACUCAUGAAGGUCUUCCAGGAUGGAAAUGAAGAACCGUUUUAGCAUCCAAGAGUCUUAAUGAGCCCAGGCUGUUCUGUUGUCGGAAGGACUGUGGUCACUGUAGGCUUCUGUGCUUUUAUGCUAAACAGAACUGUAGAAGCUGGUGAUGGAGAAGACCAGCUGGGUGGCUUCUAACCAACCCCCAUGCACUUUGGGUGUGAUUGCUGUCUGCACUGGAUUCUCCAGUCUGCUUUUAAACAUGUUCCACCAUUUCUGUGGGGAGACAGAUCUUCAGCUUAAUGCAUCUCCUGGUCAUUUCUCCAGAAAUUUAGCCAAAAAUGGCUUUGUAUCCUUAUUUUGUUGCUCCUUUUGUUACCCACAUAGCCUCUCUCUGAAGCACCUUCUACUAGUUCUCCUCGAGUUCAAGUUGCCUUGUUUUGACACAGCUCAGAGCUGCACCCACAUUCCUGGACUCCUCCUUCCUGUGGCCACUCUUGCUCAGCAAGCGAGCCAGACUUCCCAAAAUAUCUGCAGGUCAAGUGACACCUUCUGCUCCAGCCUUUCCUCUUCAGGAGCCUCUGACUUGUACAAACCCACUAACACCCCUUAGCAUUCUCCCUGCCUGGUCCUCAGGUGUUAGGAGAUGAUAUAUGCAUAUUGUGUACUCUUAGGUCUCUUUUUUUCUGCCCCCCCCCCAAAAAAAAAAACCCUGCUGGUCUGACCCUGUCCUCCCCAGCAGUGGCCUGUAGGCACACCUCUCCUCUGUUACCAUGUCAUAUGUCUUCCCUGAGACACACCUGACCCUUCUGACACACUACCCUACCCUACUCGUACCCCUGUCCUGUCAGGUGUGUCAUUGGACUGCCUUCACAGGCUCUUGUGAUGGAAGAGAUGCCCUGCAACUGACACAGGCCUUUUUGGAAGCUCUUGGGAUGAGCCUGAGUGUUUCAAAACCUGACAACACAGGUUCCCAGCAUUCUUGCACAGUACUCCCCUCCCCUCCAUCCAAGGGUGGCUGUGUCCUGUCCUCCAGAUACCAUAUGCUGCCUCUUUAUGAUCUUAUCAAAAAGUGUCGAGGACGUUGUUACAUGUUUGCAGUGUGCGUCCUUCUGCGUCAGGAGCGGUGUCCAGCCCUUUGAAAAGUGUGCCUUUUACUUCAGCCCAGGGGAAGGGCUGCCUCCUCCUCCUCCCCUCCCAACAAAGAGGUUGCAGCACUGACUCCUGAGCAGGCAGCCAGCAGCAUGCCUGAAGCCAGGAGCUGGACUCAAGCAGCAGACCAGAUAUCUCAGAUAACAGAAGCUGUUGCCUGAUGCGGUUUGGUUAGCAGGUUUGGAGCUGCCCUGUGCUCUCGGCUGCAGCCCGUGUCAAGGUCUCCCAGCUGAGGUGCCCCACGUGCUCUGUGGGACAGCAGUGCCAUUCAUACUACAGCUCCCCCGAUGGUUUUGGAGCUACUGAAGCAAGCUGUUGUUGACCUUAGACAAACAGCUACCCUUCCUGCUUUGUCCAUGAGAGUCACGCUUCCCUUGAAGGGCUGUGGACCGGUCAGCAGCCGAAGUGAACAGUUCUGGGGAUGGUUUGCUCCUACCUCUUCGGGGGAACCCUGCAGACACGUGUUCCAAAGAGACCGGGGCCGUCGGCUGCCGCCAAAGGACAGAGCAGGCUGCCGCCCCGGAGCAGUGGCUGCUCAGCAUCCUACCGUGUACAGUAUUUUCUCUGAUGUUUCUUUCCGUUCUGAUCAAGAGCAAAAGCUUUUUCUCGCCGUUCAACUCCAUGGUACAUGAAGGCAGGGCCUCAGGAGGAGCUGGUUCCCGGGGCCAGCAUUUUGGGCUGAAGUUUUUAACUCUGAAGUUACUGCUUUUUGUGACCCACGCAGCAGUGUCCCUGGCACGUUUGCUGUGGUGCGUCCCGUGAAGUUUAGCUGCAACUGACUCGGAUCUCCAGGCUGGAGCCUGCAAGCUCCUUGGAGGUCUGUCCAGGUACCUGUUUCACUGCAGAUAAUGAAGUGUUGCUACAUCUAUGCGAAAGAAACAAAGGGCUUCUCCUCAUUAGCCCCAAAUAACCAAGUGCCUUCUUAUAUGUGUGGCUGCCUUUUACAGAAUGAGUGCCCUCUGUGGCACGAAGCCAGCUUUGUGUCUGGCAUGUUAAUACGAUGGCCCUCUGCCUGCCUUGUUGUUUUUUUAACUACUUGUAAAGAUAAUAUCUCCUGAAGGUGGUAUUUUAUCUCGUAAGUUGUAGAGUAACCAUUCACACAGCAGCGUUUUCCUGUAUUAAUAAUGGAAAAAUAUUUGCUUAUUUUUACAAUUUUUUAUAAAAGUCUUUUAUGAAAAUAGUUGCUGCAAAAAAAAAAAAAAAUGUACAAGCAAUUUUUAUCCCCCCCAAGAAUAAAGAGUAUGUGCCCAG